UAACGAUGUCCGGAAGAGGAAAGGGCGGCAAAGGUCUUGGAAAAGGAGGCGCUAAACGUCACCGCAAAGUUCUCCGUGAUAACAUCCAGGGUAUUACUAAACCCGCCAUCCGCCGUUUGGCUCGCCGUGGCGGUGUGAAGCGUAUUUCCGGCUUGAUCUACGAGGAGACCCGCGGUGUGCUCAAGGUUUUCCUUGAGAACGUCAUCCGUGAUGCCGUCACCUACACCGAGCACGCCAAGAGAAAGACCGUCACCGCAAUGGACGUGGUGUACGCUCUGAAACGCCAGGGACGCACCCUGUACGGAUUCGGGGGUUAA